AUGGAGAAAUUAACGCAAUUCGUGUCCAAGUCUUUCGAAAAUAACAACAAUCCCACGCUCGCGGAUCACAUGAGCUUCGAGGCGAAACCGCCGCCGGCGAGUCCUCGCAUCAAAACCGAAAAGGAUUUCGCCAGCGACGAUGUGAAAAAACCGAAAAACUGGCUCAUUUCGGACAUCGAGAAAAACGAGAGCCCCAGCAUCGGCAUAGAUCUGCGUUUGAACCCGUCGAGGAGCUUCGUCGGCGACAAGUGCACCGAGAAUUCGCUGCCCGAUCCUGAACCAGGAGUUAAGAAGAACUGUGAAGUUGAGAAGACUACAAAGUGGUGCAAAAGUACCGUGAAACCCGUCGAUAGCGACAAGAAAGAAUCUAAUUCGUGCUCGGAUAAGUUUUGUGACAAAGUUGGCGAAAAGAGUGACUGUAACGAAGAUAAUAACGUUCCUGAAGAAAACGAACAUAAAAUUUGAGUUAUGUUGAAUAACCACAGCCCACCUUCGAGUACACCUCUUGAACCGUGCAGAGUUGUACCAUACAUGAACGUACCGGCGUUGCGGAGCAUCUCACUUACAUCCAGUUCUGUAGCUCUAACGAACUACGAUAGACUUUCGACGGCGCCCUUCUCGCAACAGGGCACUGCGUUUUCGGCCAUAAAUUCGGCGUUUAUAUCAGCAGCUCACCAGUACGCAGCUGCAGCUGUGGCUGUAGGAGGAGGUUCGGCAGCCGCGGCAGCUGCGAGCAUCCUGUGCCAUCCUCAGUAUCCUCUGGAGUUCGCUGCUUUGGCGGUGGCCCAUAAAAAUUCCAGCAUAGCGGAUUUAAGACUCAAAGCGAAAAAGCACACGGAGGCUUUGGGCUUAUCGACCAGGGAUAAACCGCUUUAA